AUGGAGACUCUGGAUGAAGCUGAACUCUGCUUUCCACAGCUCCUCAACACCUCCUGCAGGAAACCACCUCAGCAUCAUGUUUAUGUUUUCAUUUACAUUCUGUUGUCCUGCAUCUCUUUGCUCACUGUGUUUCUCAACCUGCUGGUCAUCAUCUCUAUCUCCCAUUUCAGGCAGCUCCACACCCCCACCAACCUCUUCCUCCUCUCUCUGGCUGUCUCAGACUUCCUUGUUGGUCUCCUGUUGAUGCCAGUUAGAAUCCUCCUGAUGGGAGGCUGCUGGGCUUUGGGAAUCUUCAUUUGUCUACUGUUUAACUACAUGUCUUUUAUUCUUACAUCUGCUUCUGUAGGAAGUAUGGUGCUCAUAUCAGCCGAUCGAUGUGUUGCCAUAUGCGAACCUUUGUGUUACCCCACCAAAGUCACUCAAAGAAGAGUUAAAAUCUGUGUUUGUCUGUGUUGGAUCUGCUCUGUUUUCUACAAUGGUGUGAUCCUGAAAGAGUAUUUAAAAGAUCCGGACAGAUAUAAUUCCUGCUAUGGAGAAUGUGUAAUUGUAAUUGAUUAUGUAACAGAAGGGUUUGAUGUCAUUUUGACCUUCUUUGGCCCCAUUAUUGUAAUCAUAGUUCUGUAUAUGAGGGUGUUUGUGGUGGCUGUGUCUCAGGCUCGAGCCAUGAGGUCUCAUGUUGCAGCCGUCACACUACAGGGACGUGUUCAUGUAAGAGCUAAGAAGUCUGAGAGGAAAGCAGCUACAGCUCUUGGUGUUGUUGUGCUUGUUUUUCUGAUAUGUUUCUGUAUUUACUUUUAUCCCUCUGUUGCAGGUCAGACUUGGUCAAUAAAGGAGGUAUUGUCGGUUUUUGGUAUCUGGCUGCUGUAUUGUAACUCCUGCAUAAAUCCAGUGAUCUAUGCUUUUUUCUAUCCCUGGUUUAGGAAAUCUGUUAAACUCAUUGUGACACUUCAGAUACUGCAGCCUGACUCCUGUGAUGCAAACAUAUUGUAG